UUUAAAUCUUAAAUGGAUAAAUAUAUAUGAUGUGGAUAGAUUUAGUUAAGUUUUUCUAGUACAUCUCUUGCUGAUUGUAUUCGAAACUACUUGUUCAACUGAAACAGUCGAACUGCUUUUGCCUCAUUGACUCGGGAAGAACCGAAGAAGCAAGAAACUGAAAACCGAGUCAGUCCACAAAAGAGGCCGCAAAAUUACUCAGCAAAUUGAGAGGGAAAUAGCAAGGCAGAAAUGGAGUUUAUGUGUAUCUCCGCUAGAACUGCUGCGCAAAUCUAUUGUGCGCCGCCUUCAUCCUCAGGUUUUGCUGGCCCACGAUCAUGUUGUUUGAACACACCAUUUAGUUGUCUGUUCUUGCAUAUGGAGCAUUCAAAUUUGAAGCUGAUAUCAUAUGACCUAAGGUUUUUUUUAGUAGGAUUGGAAAUGCUGGGAAUACGUUUUUUUGUUUAUUUUUUAUUUUUUGAGAUAGGGUUUGAAUUGUUAUCAUUUUAUGCAGUAAUCAUUUACAAAAUUAGUAUGUUCGAUCAUAGAAGAAAUACUCUAAUAUGUUAUCGAAGUUUUACUCUGUUUGCUUUCGGUGCUGAGUUCAAAGUCAGCAUUUCAAUGAUAAUUGUUAUCACUUGAUUUUUUCCAUGCUUCAUGUGCUUCACUUGGUAUUUGAAAUUGAAUGGGUUUUGUAUGUAAUUUUUUUUCUCCAGAAAAUCGCCUCCUAAAUAGGACAAAAUUCAAUGCAUUGGAACCUAGUUAUCUAUCCCUUUCUUUUCCAACCAAAAGAGACUAUUGUCCGGUACUUUGGCAAAAUGGAUGUCAAGUUCAGAAGGAAAAUCCUUUUAAGAUUUCAAGUAGCAGAGGAAGAGAGGCUUCUGUCGUUGAGGCUGGGUCUAUGGAAGACAUUUAUGAUACUUUGGCUGAACGUCUAGUUCCCAAUGCAGCAGUGGCGGCCAAUUCAAAUUACAAGCACAUUGUUGGUCUCGCUGGCCCUCCUGGUGCAGGGAAGAGUACGAUUGCGCAUGAGGUGGCUCAACGUAUCAACAAGUUAUGGCCUCAAAAAUCCCUUCUCUUUGAUUCUGAAGUUGAGUCAUCGGAGGUUGCUAUUGUUCUUCCCAUGGAUGGUUUCCACCUUUAUCGGCACCAGCUUGAUAAAAUGGAGGACCCAGAGGAAGCUCAUGCAAGAAGGGGAGCUCCCUGGACCUUUGAUCCCGAAAGGCUUCUUAAAUGUCUCAAGACUCUGCGAGAGCAGGGAACUGUCUAUGUCCCAUCUUUUGACCAUGGAGUUGGUGAUCCAGUCGAAGAUGACAUUUUUGUAGAUGUUAGGCAUAAAGUGGUCAUAGUUGAAGGCAACUAUUUGCUAUUACAAGAGGGCAUAUGGAAGGAUAUAUCAAGGAGUUUUGAUGAGAAGUGGUUUGUAGAUGUUGAUAUCAAGAUAGCAAUGCAACGAGUCUUGAAGAGACAUAUAUCAACAGGGAAGGCACCUGAUGUUGCAAAAUGGCGGAUAGAUUACAAUGAUCAACCUAAUGCUGAGCUUAUUAUGAAAUCAAAGAAGAAUGCUGAUCUGAUAGUGAAGUCAAUUGAUCUAUCGAGGUGACCUGUGUCCCUCAAACAAGAGAAAAGAAAGUGUUAAUUGUCCAGGUGGAUCAUUGUGGCGUGUGAAGGAAGAUACACUUAUGAAAAUUAGUCGAUACUAAGCCGCAAAGAUAAUUGGUUCUAUCCGAAUCCAAUUCAGGCUCAAAGAAGGGUAAUGAUAUGUAUCUCUACUAAUUUAGAGAGUAAGUUAGAGAUAGAUUUGUAAAGAUGUGUAUCAUUGCUCUUCAAUUAAGUUUUGAAGUUUUGUCCUCAAAUUGUUCUUUUAAUCUUUUUGUUGGGGUAUUUAAGGUUUUUGUCAUGGCUUAGAAUCUUGCAAUUCUUCUUGUAUUCACAGUUUGAUUUAUGGUGUUUGGUGAUCCUUUUGUUUUUGGGGUGUUCAAUCUUAUUGCAGGAGAUUGAAAUAUUCUUUACUCUUCG